CCCUGGUCUCCAGACAAAAGAAUACACCAAACGGUGACGUCUAAGAAGGGGUCUUUUGGACACUCGCAUAGCCAUACUUACACACAUACACGUGUAUAUUUAAAGUGACCAUGAAGGAGGGCACUGCCUGUUUAAAGUUAGCUACAGCUGCGAACUGUUGUCUCGGACUAUGAUGAACAGCAGCUCCCACACAUUUCAACUCUGACCUUGAGCAUUUGCAGAGAAACUGCGAGUGAGAAAAAGAAAGAUAGAGAGGGGGGAGCAAGACAGAAAGAAGCAGCAGGAGGUGGGCUAGAGAACUUCUUGUUCCAGUCGGGCAGCAGGGGCACUCUAAUUUAAUACAGCACUGGCUACCCUAUGCAAGCCACAAACAAGUCAGCUCCUAGCAACGCUGUCUGAAGAAUCCAUCGUUUUUCAUCUAUUCUUUGAACGCAAUGUGGCGCAGCUGAAGAGAAAAGAAAAAAAAAAAGAAAAACUACUCCCUACACGGAGAAACAAGCUGCACACACUGAAGUCAGACACGUGCAUUUAGCAAAGUACUGAAGAAAAGAAAGAAAAAAGGAGAAGAUAAAGUACAAAGCAAGGACUGAGAUCCAAGAGUCAAGCUGCAGCCAGCCAGAGCCAGUGGAAUGGACCCAGGUGUCAGUUGGAUUAAUCCCCAGGUACCCACACUGCUGUCUGAGGAGGAGGGCUGAGGAUCUGCUGCAACGACAACCAACUCCUGAAUGAGGAUGAAUGGAGAUGUUCUUUAGUUAAGUCUUAAAUCAAUUAAUCUGUGUGAGCUGGAACAACACUAGUCAGCUGGAAGAAGAGGAAGUUGUGGAGACCAGUCAGGGGGCCCAGAGCACUGCUAGUGCCUCUGGCCCAGAGGAGAGGAGUGAGCAGCACACUGAAGAAGAACAGGAGCUGCAGGAGGGACACCACGGAGGGGAAGAGGUGGCAGGCGCCAGGCGUCGCAUGGCCGUGCAGAGGCUGGUGGCCGCAGCGGUGGUGGUAGCCCUGCUGUCCCUGGUCCUAAACAAUGUUGCAGCUUUCACCCCAAGCUGGGUCCUUCAGGCCCUGGAGGAUGGACGUAAACGGAGCGUGGGGCUGUGGCGAAUGUGUCCCAGUGCAGGGGAAAAGGGCCGUGAUGACCUCCAAGCAGGUAGUAAGGUGCAAGGGACACAAAGGCAGUGUGAAAGCCUUGGAUGGGGCUCUGAGUAUGCAGGCUACCAAGAAUCCCGCAGCACUGUUAAAUUGCAGUUUAACAUGAUGAGAGCCUGCAACCUGAUGGCGACAGUGGCCCUGACUGCCGGUCAGCUAAUCUUCCUUCUAGGCCUGAUGGAGCUGCCCUUCAUCACACAGGAAUCUCAGUGGUGGGAGGAGGCCAUUGCUGCACUCUUCCAGCUCGCAAGUUUUGUGCUCGUGAUCGGACUUGUCACGUUUUACAGGAUCGGGCCCUACACACACCUGUCCUAUUCCUGCUAUGUGGACAUAGUGGCUUGCCUUCUGGCCACAAUGGCUGCAGCUAUGCUCAUUUGGAACAUUUUACACCGAAGGGAUGACUGCCUUGCACCUCGGGUUAUAAUCAUCAGUCGCUCACUUGCAUCCCCUUUUCACCCACGUCUAGACAACGACUAUGUGGAGUCGCCUUGUUGAGCCAUGAGGCCUCACAAGCAAAGUCAUUAAGGAGCAAUCACAAAAAGUGACAAGACUGUGUUCUCAUCAAAAUGACUGUAAUGGGACUCUCAUGAGAAAAUUACAUUUCUGUGGCUUCACAACAGCUGGACAAAUAUUUGUCAACCACUCCACAGUUUCUCUUACUCCUGCCCCUAUAUUUAACUAAAACUUUCAUUUAAAGUCAGCUCUAAAGUUCCCAAAAUAUCCACACACAGUAUGAUAAUUUAUGUAUUCACACUUGGGGAACUAACUGGGAGCUGGUAUAAAAUUGAGGACUUAUAUUCAUAAUCCAUCUUCAUUAGAUCAAGCUGGAACUUGACCUAUUUUGUUAAAACUGCACUUAUUAAUGGUUCGCUGCACAGUUAUAAAUUGGAACUAAUGAAAUUAAAAUACUAGGUUAUCUCAUAGUUGUGUCCAUCAUUUUACGCUUAUUUAAAUUUAAGUCCAUAUUAGUAUUGAUGACAAACUGAAAGUGAGUUGGUAAACUAACAAGGCAAAGGCAGAAGAGUUGGUCAAGUUCAACAAACUUUAAUUGUGCUUGUCCAAAUCAGUAACCACAUUUAACUUUAAAGCUGUCACUCAACAGUGAUACAAUAAAUAAACCAGUUAAUGAUCAAUAACUAUGAAUUAAUUGAAUUUUUACACAAUUAUUCUGUUGGACUGCCAGUGACUAUUUUGCAGAUGUAUAGCAAUUAGAAAUGAGAUAAACAUUGCUUACACUGCUUCAAUUAAUUUUUCAUGAUGCUUUCCAUAUGAAGCUCUGCUUGCUUGCGGUACAUACCGUAUACUUACAUUAAUAUACACAAAUAGAAUAGUGCUAUCAUUGUAAGUGGUAUAUUUGGACCAUAUCAUAGUUCUGCAAAGAACUCUAAGUUAUAUGUGGGUUUCCACAGUAUUGAACAAAGGGGCACAUGGAAAUAAUGAUAUUAUCAUGUAAAUUCAAUAAAUGUAUUGCUUAAUAUUCA